AGGUUAAAUUAGAAUGUUUCUGGUUUGUUGUUCUGUGGUUUACUUUUCCUAAGCUUUCUUUUGAAAUACCUGCCUAUUAUUUUUCUUCUUUUACCUUCAUAUUUCGUGUCAAUAAUGAUUGCUGUACACUGUGGGGCUGGUCAUUAUAGCAGGUCCAAGCACAAAGAAUAUCUAAUUUUAAGCAAAAAAGCUUGUAGAAAGGGUAUGCAAACUCUCAAUAAUGGUGGGACGGCACUAGAAGCAGUACGUGAAGCUAUUAAAGUUUUAGAGGAUGACCCCCUUACAAAUGCCGGAUUCGGCUCGAAUUUAACAUUAGAUGGGACAGUGGAGGGAGAUGCUUCAGUAAUGAAUGGGGAGAAUCUAAUGUUUGGGGCUUGCGGAGCUGUUAGAAAAAUAAAAAAUCCUAUUUGCUUAGCUUAUGACAUUUAUCAGAAACAAUUAGAGCCUCUGCCACUUGGUCUUGUGGCACCAAACAUGAUAGUAGGAGAUGGAGCAUACAAGCACGCAAAAAAAGCAGGCCUCAAAAUUGUCAGCGAUUCCAAACUAGUCAGUAGAAAAGCUUUUAUACAAAGAGAAAAAUACAAGGCAUUGUUAGACAGAGCCAUUUCAACCCAAACAAAUCUUGUCGAUGAAGUGGAAAUUGAAUUUAGUGAGUCGAUGGAUACAGUUGGGGCUGUUUGCAUUGAUGAUACAAGAAAUGUAGCCUCAGGAUGUAGUUCAGGUGGUCUUCUACUUAAACGGUCUGGCAGAAUGGGACAAGCUGCCCAAUAUGGCUCGGGCGUAUGGGCAGACAGUUUGGACAAAACUUCAAAGCCAAGCAUAGCAGUGUGCACUACAGGAUGUGGGGAAUAUUUAGUUCAAACUUUAUUAGCUAAAACUAUUGCAGAAGAUUUGGCUGAAGAAAAAGUCUGCCCUACAGUUGAUUUACAUGGGUGUCUAAGCAAUAAAUUUAUGAAUUCUAGGUAUUUGAAAAAUGUAAAAACAGGAAAACUAGGGGGUGCUUUAGUAUUGAAAGCUAAUAACUCCAAUGGUGAAGUUUCCUUAAUGUGGGGCCAUAGCACAUGGUGUUUAGGUGUUGCCCAUAUGAAAAAGGGGGAUAAAAAGCCACAUGGACAGAUCUCAAUGUUACCGGAUAAUGCCAAAGAGGGUAAAUCAAUUAAUGUAGGAGGAACAGAAUUUUAUUUUUAAAAUUUUAUACCUGAUUCUCACUAUUUGUCUGAUAGUUUUGUGAAUGAUUUUAUUUAUUUCAGUAUAAGAAUUUUUUUGAUUACUAAAUGUUGUCUCUUGAUGAGGUUGAUUGAAUCUCUUUAAACUGAGAACUAUUAUUGUGUUUGAUGAAACUGUGCAAGUUCUUGUAAAUACAUAAUACCACUCUGAGUGGAUUAUGACAAGGUUGGAAUAAACCGAAAGUUAACUAUUUAUUCAUUUUCUACACAUUCAAUAUUUUUUUGUUUUGUUAUGAUUAGUAUAAAUUCCAUAAUUCCUAUGCGUUUUUGUUAAAUGGAAAAUGGUUUAUUUAAUUUAUUUGUCACAUAUAAUUUGUAUGCAUUUAAUAGACCGCCAUUAGAAAUAUUUUGUACAUAUUAAUUUUUUGAAAAUAAAAAAAUCUUUAUGUUGAACAGCAUGCCAUGACUUGGCAGGUAACUUACCAAGCGCUAGACAUUUUCCUGACGACGUACUCUCCUGGAUCUCGC